AUGGAGACUCUGGCGGCGGCUCGCCGUGCCAAGAAAAGGAAGCUGGAGGCACCCGAGAGCCUGGAACAGGAGGGCGAAGCAAACAUCUCGCCGCUACCAGCGACGAGUGCGCCUGAUUCCAGUCCUCCUGGAACCGGGGGAGACGAACCCGGAGCCGGCGGAGAGGAAGAAGAUGGGGUCGACCGAAUCAGCCGCCUCCCGGACGCCAUUCUGGGUGAGGUCAUCUCUCUCCUCCCCACCAAGGAUGCCGCCCGCACCCAAAUCCUCGCCACCCGGUGGCGCCAUCUCUGGCGCUCCGCCCCUCUCAACCUCGACGGCGGUGACCUGCUCGUCACCAUCGAUGUCAUCUCCCGCAUCCUCUCCGCCCACCGUGGCCCCGGCCGCCGCUUUCGCUUCCCCGCACAACACCUACAGGAUCACCCCGCCACUGUGGAUGCUUGGCUCCGAUCCCCCGCCCUCGACAACAUCCAGGAGAUUGACUGCUUUGCGACGGACGGGUUGAAACUGCCACCUCCGCCAGCAUCUACCUUCCGAAUCUUUGGCUGCCGCUGUGUCAGGAUCAACUCAGCUAGCCUUACAAGCAUUGGGGUGAGUGCUGCGUAUGACCGAACAAUGACCAUCUUAGAAGAAUUCAUUGUCGAGGAUGCCCCUUGCCUUAAAAGGAUUCUGUAUCUUCGAUCACCACGAACGGGCACGGGACUACGAGUAUCAGUUAUUUCAGCACCUAAACUGGAGACCUUGGGUUGCCUGAGUUAUGCUGACGGCUCUUCCAGGCUCGCUUUGGGCUCAACGAUUAUUGAGCCAUGCCGCAUAAAGGAAUUCCGGGUCAUUAACUCGACAACGCCGGCUUGUACUGUCAAGAUUUUAGCAGUCUAUAUUUCUAAUCUUAGCCUAGAUGUGAUUAUUGACUUAAUGAGAUGCUUCCCAUGCUUGGCGAAGUUGUAUAUCCAGUCAUGCCAGGAUGGAGACAAGAAUUUAUGGCGGUGUAAACAUCGUAAUAUUAUCAAAGGCCUUGACAUCCGUCUCAAGACUGUUGUGUUGAAUAAGUAUUAUCGAGGCAUAAAGUCACAAGUUAACUUUGCAACAUUCUUUGUACUGAACGCAAAGAUGCUGGAGUCUAUGACAUUUCAAUGUGAAAGGUACAGUGUGACUGCUAGAUUUCUUGCAGAGCAGCAUCAGCUGCUCCAGCUGGAGAAAAGGGCUUCAAGAUGCGCUCGGUUUUAUUUUACUACUAAAAGCUGUCUCCAUGAGUUUUUGCAUAUCAAUCAUGCCCAUGAUUUGUCUAUAAGCGAUCCCUUUGAAUGUGUUGAAGCAGAGGGUGGUGCAUGCCUAUCCUUUGAGUAG